GAAAGACAAAAGAAAAUCGCGUUCGCUCGGGCGUCCUUGUGUUUUCCCGUGUGGUGUGCCCGUUUUUCGUUCACGGAAAAAGCCCGUCCACUCCCGGAAUGCUGCUGAGCGUUUGAUCGGUUUCCCAAGCCCGGUUUCCGUGCGGAUCAAACAUGAACCGUGAGAUUCGCUGAAUUGUGGUUUUGUAGAUCGUCGUUUUUUGUCGCGAGGCUAUUUUGUGUAUGUGUGUUUUGUGUGCGCGCUAGACAAAAAAAUUACCGGAGCAAAAUGUCGUCCAGUGAGAUUGAAGAAUUUGUAAAUGGAGCGCUCGUGUCGUGGAUCGAGUCGUGCUUGCCACGGCAUGAAAUCAUCGCCGGAUACGUGUCGUUGCUGGAUGGCACGAUACUGCACAGUGUGUACCUGCAGAUUGACCCCGAACCACAGCAUCAUCCGGCCAAGAUACGCAACAUGGAGGGCCUUACACCGCUGUCCACGGCUAGGACGCGCAAUUUCGAUGCAAUCGUGAAGAACCUGCGCAACCUGUACGAUGAAGAGUUGGGCCAGACCAUCCUGACGCUGCCGGACUGUGCGAUCUUGGGCCAAUCGCCCGAAACACGCGCCGGUCUUGAGCAGAUGAAGCUGCUCGUGACACUCCUGCUCGGUGCAGCAGUCCAGUGUCCGAACAAGGAGAUUUUUAUCGGGCGUAUUAAGGAGCUGGACGUGAAUACGCAGCACGCGAUCGUGGAAGUGAUCAAACAGGUGACGGACAGCCAAACACUCGUCCUGACGCAGGAAGCGGUCGAGCAGCUGUCCCCCGAGCAGAUGUGUAAGCAUCUGGUACGGCUUGCGAAGGAGCGCGAUCAGUACCAUGGGAAGUGGAUGUGUUCGAUGAUCUCCGAUAGCGAGCAACAAGCCCUGGUCAAUAGCUCCAGCUCCAAGAACAGUCUGCACAAUGCGUCCUCCUCGUCCGCCUCUACCAGCUCGGCCAAUACGCCAUCCACGACGUCGGAAAACAACCAUCUGGCCGUGGAGCUGGCUGACUACAAGUCGAAGCUGCGAAAAUUACGCCAAGAGUUGGAGGAAAAGUCCGAAGUGCUGAUGGAGGUGAAGGAAGAGCUCGAUCAUAAGUGCAACCAGUACGAGAAGCUACGCACCGAAAGCCAGGACUGGUACUCGGAGGCACGCCGUGCGGCCGCAUACCGGGACGAGGUGGAUGUGUUGCGUGAACGCUCGGAACGGGCAGAUCGGCUCGAGAUUGAGGUGCAAAAGCUACGCGAAAAGCUGUCCGAUGCCGAGUUUUACAAGACGCGCGUUGAAGAGCUGCGCGAGGACAAUCGGAUGUUGCUGGAGACGAAGGAGAUGCUCGAGGAACAGCUGCAGCGAUCGCGCAAACGUAGCGACCAGGUGAUGACGCUCGAGGCCGAGAUCAUCAAGUUCAAGCAGAUGCUGAACGAUAUGAGCCUCGAGCGUGAUGUGGACAAGAGCAAAUUGCAGGAUUUGCUGGAGGAAAAUGUACAGCUACAGCUGGCUACCAAAAACCUGAUGGCAGGACCGGACGCGAACACGGGCAAUCUCACACAAUCCGACACGGACACAGAGGACCUGCCGUCGAACGAUAACAGUCUCUCGGAACAGUUAACAACCAACGCACAGACACGCGCUCUGAAGCUCGAACUCGAAAACCGACGAUUGCUGGCCGCUCUGGAUAGUCUGAAGGAAUCUUCGUUCCAUGAGAACUCGAACAAAAUCCUGGAAUUGGAGAAGGACAAGAAGAAACUUUCAUUGCGACUGGAGCAAACACAGGAAAACUGCAAUCGGUUGCUGCAGCAGAACGGUGAACUGGAGGUUGUGUUCAAGAAUGCGCUCGAGGAGAACAAGAAACUGCAAGAUGCGAUCGAUUCAAAACAACAGAUGAUCGAUCGGCAGACGAACGAUCGCGAGCUUGAUCGAAUGCGGCAGAUUGAUCUGGAGAAGCAGAUCGAAUCGCUAACGAAGGAUAAGCAGCGGGUACAGAAUCUUUUCGAAAGCAUCCAGCGGCGUACGAUCGAUCUGGAGCGUUCGAUCGACAGUAAGAGCAAGGAAAGUGCGCUCCUAAACGAACGGUUGAAGGAUCUGGAUGACAUCCGGAAGGAAUUGUACGACUUGCGCGCUAAAUGCGCAACGGUCGAGCGUGAAAACGCGAACCUUAACAAGGAGGUCGUGAAGUACAAGGAGGUGUUGGAGAAAUGCGAACACGAUCUGGAUAAUGCAAACGGCAAACUCGAUACGAAGGAGAAAGAGAUAGACCAGCUGACGCGGCAGGUGCAGGAGAGCUCGAGUGUGCUCGUGAAGUUACAGGAUCUGGAAAAAGAAAACCAGGAGUUGCUUUCCCAGCAAAAGAUGCACAGCGAUACGAUAUCGACGCUGCAGAAGGACCUGUACGAUGGCACGAUGGCUACGAAGAAAGUAAAACAGAAUCUUGAACGGCUCGGACUCAACGAAAGCGAACUAGAGAAGAACGACAUGAACGUGGAGGUGAUCGUGGAGAAGUUGUGCAAAAAUCCCGAAUCCUUCAAAACCGUACGCGAGAUCGUGCUCAAUGUCGUCGGUAAAGAACCGGGUGCGUUGGGCAGCGGUGCUGCCAGUGGCACUAAAUCGGCCGACAUUUGUGUGCUUUGCCAUCGGCAGGAGAUUUUCACCGUCGAGAAGAACAUCGAGUUCUCGAACUGCGAUGAAACGGCGACGGCGGCAGAAGCAUCCACGAAUACGGGACCCUCUGAAGUGGAGCAAAAGCUUGAGCAGCUAAAGCAGGAACACUCGUCGGUUCUCCUGGCCCACGAAUCCUUGCAGGAAGAAAAUGCACGCCAAAAGGUGAAAGUCGCAACGCUCGGCUCCCAGAUUGCUUCCCUCAAUACGCAGCACGUUGCGCUACAGCUUGCCAACUCUCAGCUAGCCGUCGAAAAGGAUAUGCUUGUCAAGCAGGUUGAAGCGAAGCGGCAGCAGUACGAAUCACUGCAGCAUGACUACGUCGCCCUGCAGUGUCUCCAUGAGCAGCUGAGCAGCGAUUACGACGCGUUGAAUGGCGAGAAAGAGCUGCUAAAGAACACCAUCCGCGAUCUGAAGACAGAAAAUCGGGAUCAUCGCGAGCGAAUCGCUACGCUCGAGAAAACGAUCGAGGAGCUGAAGUCGGAACAGCACGCAAUGAAGGAUGGUCUGACCAAUCUUAACAAUCUGCGAGCGGAGCAUUCGAAGCUGAAGGACGAUUUCCGGUGUCUGUUUACGCAAAGUGAACGGGUGAAGCAGGAUUACAAAAAUUGUCACGAUCAGUACCGAGCGUACCGGACGGAGAACAGCCGGUUGAAGCUACGCAAUACCGAGCUCUCCGGUGAGCUUACCAACAAGAAGGAACAGAUCAGUAAUCUCGAGAUCGAAUACACUAAAAUACACCAAAGAUGCGAAAUGCUGCUGAACAUGAACGCCAGCUUGGACAUCGAUCGACGCACACUGAUGGAUCACGUUUCGCAAAUUCUGGCUCAGUAUCAGGAGCUACUGACGCACUCGUUGGAGGAUAAGCAGCAUUACCAUGACGAAGAGAAAAACUUCACCGACAAAGUGAACAACCUGAAUCGUCAAAAGGAGAAACUAGAGGAGAAAAUUAUGGAGCAUUAUCGCAAGCUCGAUAGCUGUUCGCCGAAGAAGAAACCUUUUGGCAUGAAUCUGGUGAAAAAGAUGCGCCGAGCGGGUUCAGAGUUAAUGAACCGAGUACCGAAUCGGAAUCGCCGUUCUUGGGUUGAAGAGCAACGCCUUACACAGAGUCAGUGCCUUUCGAUGGGUUCCGAAUCGGGUGGCAAUGAGUCUGACAAUAGUAUCGAGGAGCCAAACUCAGUGGCAUCGGAUACCAAUCUAUUGCAGCGAACGUCUCAACUGCGCCAGAGUCUUCAGCGCAAGCCGAACAAUGAGGCGCUGAAUGCGACCUUAUUGCGUGGAGGCAUUCGUAGCAGCCUUCAAUCAUCGCGACGAGAUGAGGUCAAUCCAAACCAUCGAAACAGCUUCCAAGGGUUUGAAUCAACGAACGAUGCGCUGAACCUCGGCACGGCAGGUACACGGCGAACUGUUUAUUUGGACGACAAGAUUGUCAACUCUGGAUCGAGCACUCCAACGGGUGCAGGAGUAAACCCUUCGCCGCCGCCUUCCAUUUCUACACCACCUCCUCCGCCACCGCGAACUGACCAGCACAACAAUGCCCAAUCAAGCUCAGCAAACGCCACAACGGGAGAAUCUGGAACGUUUGUAUUGUUAAACCGCAUUUCCACGACAACCACGACCCUGAAGACGGAAACGACAUCGAAUUUACUAUCGCCGGAAGUGAGCGGUAAUCCGGCGGGGGGCGGUUCGGGGUCUCCAGGAUCGACGAAUCAAUGCGGAGCGGAGGAUAGCAACAAGAAGGAUACCACAAAUGGUAACAAUAGCAAGAAGAAAACCGAUCAGAAGAACCGUGACAGUGCCGUAUGGUACGAGUAUGGUUGUGUUUGACCCGAGAAGUAUUCGCUUAAGAGCAUUUAUGUCGAGCAAUCGAUGAAGCAUCAUUAGCAACUACCCGCUAAUGCUGAGAUGAGAACGCAUUUCUUGGUAGCUGCCACAAACGCUGUACCGUUUCGGUUUUCCCUGUUUUUAUGUCCCAGUUUUUCAUCACUAUAUUUGCCCCCAGAAAUGCUCUCAUGCUAUAAGCACAUGCCGUAUUUGAUGAAGUAACUAUUGUUUAAGGCCUCUAGUAUAAGCUACUUCACUCCUCUGUGUGCGCAGCGGUGUUCCCAAUGACUAGCAUUUGAAAUUUGUUUUCCGUUCCACGUUGAAUAGUAUGUCAUAGUACGUUCCACAGCAGUAUCAAUGAUAUUGAACAGUAUCCCAAGUGCUUAAUUUAACUAACUCUCUUAUUAAUACAACGAAUCCGUUAUUGUGUACGUAAAUCUCGUGUAAGGAAUCUCUUAAGCAACGUUUCUACUCUUUUUUAUAUACUAUAGGCCUCUACUACUUUACUCUCCAAUUUAGGAGUAGAUUUAAUCGUGUUAAUGCCAUCGCUUUGCUGUGUCCAGCAAAUGCAAUGGAGAAACCAGAUUAACACAAAUACCACACGCGACGAAAACUGACGGAGAUUAAUACCGCUAGACCGACGUAGACUGACCUAAUAGUGUUUGCCUUGUGAUAGCCACACAUUUUACAUCGUUUAAGAACGCCUUCCGUUUCGUCCAUUUUUUAUCAUUAACCCAGUAAUUUUGUAUGUGCUUCACUAGCGGCGUUUAGAAACCGUAAAACACCAUGUAUACAUAAAAACACUGCUGAUACUCAUUCUGUUGCGCGUGAAAAGCACGAACGUUGAAAACUGAAAUGAAUCAAAAUUAUUGGCUAAGACUAACAAUAUGCUUCCUUCCGCCCAAACAUUGGCAAAUACGAUACGAUACCCGUUAGAAUUGGAAUACGAAAUGGCCCUCCAGAAGGAAGCACAAAGUUACACGAUACAACAAACGAUUCCGAUAGAUCCCCCAACAAGUUACAAGCAUUUGUAUUUAACCGCGUUUUUAGGUGCCCUCUUUGGGAACAGAACGAAUUCGAAAGUGAGGUUUUUAAGAGAAAUAAAAGUGUAA